AUGUGGUGGAUACUAAGAGGCCGACAGGCAGGGCAGCCCAGCCUAACGUCGGACCUGGACGCACUUCUGCUUACCCCGGAGGUAGCAGACAACGACCUCGUCAGAAGGGUGGUGUCCGCGCUACGAGACAUCCGCCAAACCGUCUACCAACAAGAGCAGCUACUGAACGGCAAUCCACUGCCGUACUACCUCCCGGACCAGCUGCAGCAGUCCCUGGUGGCAUGCCUGGCCGUCAAUGAGAGGACGCCGGCACAGAAGGACUCGGCCUCAGCCACACAGGGCGACGCCGUUAUCCUCACAAACACAGACGCACAGAAGAUUACCGCGACAACCGUCCUAGAGGCACUGGAAGUGUGCGACAGCGAGUACCGCGGAUCGCACUUCGAACAAGACAGGGCUCAGGCCGACCACUUUGCGGACUUCCGCUCUGCCCUCCAGGCAUGCUCGGCGGCCCACUCCCACCGGCAUGUGUGGGCAGGGACUGUCGUGGCCGCCAUACGGCAGAAGGGAGGGCUGUACUCGGGAACCCGCUACCCAAUGACCCUCGACCAUAGCAUGGUUAGAAGACUGGGGCAGACAGCGCUGACGCGAACGAACACACUCCCGGCGGCUGCGCCCGCAGCGAGCAACACGGCGAGACCACUCACGAGUGCGGGCAGCCGCGCAACAGCCCGUCCGCUCAGAGCACUGGCCGCGCAAACCGCCCAGACGUCGGCCACCACAACAACCCCCAACGCGAGCGGGGUCCCGCUGGGACAGUGCGUCAACUGCAUUUUGGGACACGGCAAGGCACCCAACACCGAAGAGGUGAAACACUCAGUGCGACAGUGCCAGGAGGAAUGUAGGAUCCAGUGCAAGUACUGCGGCCUGCAUCAUUUUCACCACCAGUGCCCCAAGAACCCGCACUUCGACGUCAACAAGGGUACGUAAGGCACACACCGGGAACACAUAGACAGGCCGAGACAAAAGGCCUAAAGAGCCCAGUUUUAGUAGUCGAGUCUGAUGCGAGGGAGUUACGGUCUGCCAACAUGAGAGGGGUUGCGUUGGAGGGAGAGAAGGCAGCAGACUAGCAAACGUGAAAGACAACCGAUGCGAAAGCAAAUGUGCGAACUCCAUACCUCAAAGCACUGAGACAUGUUGAAUUCGUUGAAUUCGCAUACAAUUGGAGAUCACACCACCCGACACUCGGCCACAUACGUGUGCACGCCUCAUCGUGGCAGGCUCACGGCCCCAUGUCUCCUCCCAAUGUGAUGUCUCUGCAGGCGUCAUCAUGUCUCUAGAGGUGAUAGUCUCGGCACUUGGAGACAGGCUCACAAAUCCGAGGGCUAGGCGGGCAAUCGCGUAUCAGCUCCCACAGAGCUUCACAGAAGCCUUUGGUCAUUCAACUAUAACGGUACCGUCUAACAACCCGAUCACGCCCUGGACCGCGGGCAGGCGACUGUCGGCCACGGGCGCCGAAUCGCUCGGCUUCAACAACGCAUUUUGCCAGGCCAUCCACAACGGGGUGCCCCUGCUCGUAUGCCGAAACAUUGCAUCUUACCACAGAGAGAACUACCGGUCAGUGGAGACACACCUGGACAAGGUGGCGGGAGAAAGACAGUGGCUAAUCGACAAGGGAUACGUGGAGGAGUGUAUCUGCCGGCCCUACGUGGUGUCUCCGCUGGGCGCUAUCGUUAAAACAGCCCAGCGCUAUCGUUAA